GCGGAGCGGCGGCAACGCACCGGAGCGCCCGCGCUGCUCCGGGCCGGGGAGUUCCGCGCUGCACGGGAACGGAGAGUUCCGCGCUGCACCGGGCCGGGGAGUUCCGCUCUGCGCUGCACAGGAACGGAGAGCUCUGCGCUGCGCCGCACAGCACCGCCCUCGCGCGGGGCGCGCCGGGCCGCCGGCUCGGGAUCGGCGGAGGGGGAGGGCCCGAGGUGUCCGGGACAGGCACACGCGGUGUCCGGGGCAGGCACACGCGGUGUCCGGGCUGAAGCGAAAGCAAAGGUGCUCACAAUACAUAAAUAAUACAUUACAAAUUGAGAUUGAUCAUGAAGACCUUUUGUGGAAGAGCCAAUCCAACCACUGGUUCGAUGGAGUGGUUAGAAGAGGGUGAGGACUAUGACUACCACCAGGAGAUUGCAAGGUCACGCUAUGCAGAUAUGCUUCAUGAUAAGGAUAGAAAUGUGAAAUACUACCAAGGUAUUCGUGCUGCAGUGAGCAGAGUUAAAGAGAGAGGUGAGAAAGCAGUUGUGCUGGACAUAGGGACUGGCACAGGACUCCUGUCCAUGAUGGCAGCUUCAGCUGGGGCAGAUUUCUGCUAUGCCAUUGAGGUGUUCAAGCCCAUGGCUAAUGCUGCUGUGAAGAUAGUGGAGAAAAAUGGUUUUUCUGACAAGAUCAAAGUAAUCAACAAACAUUCCACUGAAGUCACAGUUGGCCCAGAUGGAGAUAUGCAGUGUCGGGCAAACAUCCUGGUAACAGAAUUAUUUGAUACAGAGCUGAUUGGAGAAGGAGCUUUGCCAAGCUAUGAGCAUGCACACAAAUAUCUUGUACAGGAAGGAUGUGAGGCAGUGCCUCACAGGGCAACAGUGUAUGUCCAGUUAGUGGAAUCCAGAAGAAUGUGGUCCUGGAAGAAACUGUUUCCUGUUCAUGUUGAAGCAGAGGAUGGUGAAAAAAUUCUUUUUCCGCCUUCAGAAAUGGAGAACUGUCCAGGUGUUCCUUCUGUUUGUGAUAUCCAACUGAACCAGAUGCCUUCAAGUGACUUCAGUACCCUCAGUGAUGUGGUGACAAUGUUCAGUGUGGAUUUCAGUAAGCCAGUACAGAGUGCUUCUACCUACUAUAGAGUGCAGCUGGAGCCUGUGAAAUCUGGCAAGGCACAAAUUGUACUUUCCUGGUGGGAUAUUGACAUGGACCCCCUUGGGACGAUAAAUUGCACAAUGGCUCCCUACUGGGUAAAACCCACUUCUGCUUUGCAGUGGAGAGAUCACUGGAUGCAAUGUGUUUAUUUUCUUCCACGUGAGGAGCCAGUUCUGCAGGGUGAGAAGCUGUACCUGACUGCCUGUCGUGAUGAGUACUCUGUGUGGUACAGCCUGCAGAAAGCCAGAGAGGGGGAGAACAAAGCAGAUGAGGAGGAGCAUAAAGCAGAUGUUCCUGUGGAGAGUCCUGUGUGUAGGUGUCGUGCUCACCUGCUUUGGAACAGGCCCCGCUUUGGGGAGCUGAACGAUCAGAACCGAACACGCCAAUACAUCAAGGCCUUGAGGAAAGUUCUGAAAACAGAUAGUGUUUGCCUUUGUAUCAGUGAUGGCAGUCUGCUCCCUGUGCUGGUUCACUAUCUUGGAGCAAAGCAGGUGUUUACAUUAGAAAACUCUGCUGUGUCCUGCUUUGUCAUAGAAAAAUUUUUGAAAGCAAAUCAUCUUGAAGAUAAAAUUAAAAUAAUAGAAGCACGUCCUGAGUUGCUGAAGCCUUCUCAUUUGGAAGAUAAAAAGAUUUCUGUCCUUGUGGGAGAGCCGUUUUUCACCACAAGUUUGUUGCCGUGGCAUAACCUGUAUUUCUGGUAUGCCAGGACAGCUGUGAGCACUCACCUUGCCAGCAAUGUCACUGUCCUACCUCAGUCUGCUUCUUUGCAUAUGAUGAUUGUGGAGUUCCAGGACUUAUGGAGAAUCCGGAGUCCAUGUGGCAUCUGUGAAGGUUUUGAUGUUCGGACUAUGGAUGAUAUGAUUAAAGAUUCUCUGAAUUUUAGGGAAUCCAAGGAAGCAGAACCUCACCCGCUGUGGGAAUAUCCCUGCAAGUCACUCUCAGACCCACAGGAAGUUCUGACAUUUGACUUCACAAAGACUGUCCCACAGCACUGCCUCAGCACAGAGGGCUCUGUAAAGCUCUCACGGAAAGGAAAGAGCCACGGAGCAGUUCUGUGGAUGGAAUAUCAUCUUGCUGCCAAUAUCUCCAUUAGUACAGGACUGAUGCAAAUGUCAAAUGAAAAGGGAAACUGUGAAUGGAAUCCCCACUGCAAGCAAGCUGUUUAUUUCUUCAGCUCUGUUAUUGAAUCAGAAAUUCUGUCAGACCCUACUGCUAUCACAUACACUAUAAAUUUUGACACAAAGACAGGAGAGAUUGCCAUGGAUUUUAAGCUAUUAUGAAAUACUUUCCUCUUGCUCAUAUUCCUAAAUUAUAAUAAACAU